AUGCCGUACUCAGAGAGCGCGCAGGCCGCGCUGGUGCAAUGGGCGAACACAUUUCCCCUUGAUAAAAAAGCCGACUCGAUAACGGAUUUCCUCGAUGGCCACCUCCUGUCCCAGGUCCUCCAGGACCUGGACCCCUCCUUCGACUCCAACACUAGUGAGGGCGAGCUUUACGACGUCUACAAAGGCAUCACUAGGCUAGUUUACCGCGAGUGCCCCGGCCUCAUCCGCCAGACCAAGCUCGCCGAUAUCCGCCCCAGGGCGAGAGAAGCACAACCCGAAGCCAUCAGCAAGCUUCUCGCCGUGCUCUUCGCCAUAGCGAUGCUCGGUAGCAACAACGAGCGAUACGUCAUGCGAAUUACCCGCGACAUUACAGACAAAACGAACCUUAUGCAGCUGCAACGGGUUACACAGGACAUGAAGACAGCGAUGGACGAGGCCGAGGCUCAGGACCUGGAGGAGGCCUCAGAGGUCGGUCACGAAAGCCACGAUGCCGACCUUGCCAUGGAGGCUGACAACAUCCGCCUCCGCUCUGAUCUGGACAAGAAGGGAAAACUGCUGGCAGAUAUGGAAACACGCUUGGGUCACUUACAGGAGAGCUACGACGACUUGAAAGAGGAGGUUGUGCGGAAGGGCAGAGAGCUGGAGGCGUUCCACAGUGCCCAGGAUGGUGCUGGAAAGGAGGUCAUCAGAUCGUUGGAGCUCAAGCUGCGCGAACAAGACGAGCUUAUUGCCAACCAGGAGGCCCAGGCCGAGGACGAUCGCAUCACCAAGGAGCGGUUGAUGAGUGAGGUCUCGGCGCUCAAGUCCAAAACCCAGAAGCUUGAGACCCUUGACGACGAGGUGAAGGAGCUGCGGUUCAAGAACGAGGAGCUUUCUCGCAAGGCCAACAUGGUGGAGCGGUACAAGCAGAAGCUCGAGGCACAGUCCACAUUAUCAAAGGAGAUGGACAACCUGCUGUAUGAGAAGGAGCAGAUGCAGCGCGACCUAAUCGAAUACGAGAAGGUCCUGAAGAGGAACCAGGCGUUGGAGCAGACCAACGAGCAGUAUGCUUCCAAGCUCAGAGACUAUGAGCUGCAGUACGUUGAGCUGGACGCACAGCGGAGGGCUCUUCACGACGACACUCAGCAGUUGAGAGCCCGUCUGGCGACUCUCGACGCUCAGCGUCUCUCUGAUGAGCGACUAAUCGCCGAAUUGCAGGACCAGAUCAACUCCGGAUCACAAUCGGCUUUGUCGCCCGAUGCUGGGACCGCAGGCUUCAGUCUCGAGGAGGAGCUCGAGGGUGCUGGCGGUAGCGCCGCCCCUAACCCUGCACUCGAGAUCUCGCGCCUUAAGGCUGAGAACAACCUGCUUCGUAGCGGUAUGGGCUCCGCUUCAGAGAACGCUCGGCUACGACAAGAGCUUGAGGAGGAGCGUAGGCAACGGGAGCGUAUCCAGGGAACUUAUAACGACACGUUUGAGAAGCACCAGCUUGCGGAGGCACAAAUCAGUGCUCUGAUCGAGAGCAGCGGCCAAAAGUUAGUGAAAAUUGUUGACGAAGCCAUGCGACUAGGCUUGGGUAGAGUGCUAACUCAAGACUACUAUCACAGCGAAGUACUAGCCAACCUGAGGAUCCAAAUUGCCCAGAAGACACACGAACUUGAAAGCGAAAAGAGACGACUAAACGAGGUUCAAGCGCAGCUGGCAGACAAGGAUCGCGAGCUCCUUAGCGCGAGAACCGAUCUCUCCGCCGUUGCGAAGGACAGCGUCGAAGCCCUCGAGGAACUCAAGUCUACUGACCAGCUCAUCUCAGGGUCCAUCAGGGAGGAACUCGAGGCCGCGCGCCAACAGCUCAAGAACCUUGGCACCGACCUUGAAGAGCAGCGCAGUUCACUCAUCAACGCCCUGCUUGAGAAGGACAAGUUGCGCAAAGACCUGGACGAGGCCAAGGAGGGACGGCAAGACGGAGCUGAGCCCACCGAGGUCGUCCAGAAGCUUCAGGACAAAGUUGAGAAGCUACGCGUCAGACUCAAGGAGCGCACGUCGCCCGAAGUCGGCGUACCCAAGAUGCCUGCCGUUCCCUCGGACGCCGUCUUGUAUGACAGCAACCCGAAUUUUCGGGCCAGAGCUCCCUCAUGCCAUUCCCACGUCCAUCUUCCUAUCCAGUCGGGGUUCGCGCAAGAGCCUAAGAAGAGAUGGUGGAAGAGGAUGUUUGGACGUUGUUUCUUCUUUCAGCAAUUGGAGAAGUCGGAGCAAGACAAAUACGACUUGCAGCGGAAGCUUAAGGCAGCCGAGGGCGGGGAAGCCGCCGCAGCGCAAAAGCGCGAGAACGCCCUCAUCGCCACGGCGUGGUACGAUCUUACCAGUCGUAUCCAGAGCAAUCACGUCGUGCUGCAGAGGCGCAAUGAAAUGCCCAAGAGCUGGCUGGGUAAGCAGAGGCAGAUGGUCAACGGUAAGUUCCUUCUCUUCGCCCUAAUUGUAGUUGUUUAG